AUGAGAUUCACCAGCUUGAUGAUGGCCGCUAGCGCCGCGGGCCUGGUGCACGCAGCCGCCAAGCGCGAUGCUUCUGCUAAGAAGUCUGGUUUUACCUGGGUCGGAGCCAACGAAUCCGGUGCCGAAUUCGGCGAGGAUAACAUCCCCGGCAAACUCGAAAAAGACUAUACCUUCCCCAACACAACCGCCAUUCAGACCCUCCGCGACUCCGGCAUGAACAUCUUCCGUGUGCCAUUCCUGAUGGAGCGAUUGGUGCCGGAUGAUAUGACGGGUGAUGUGAAUGCGGCGUACAUGAAGGAUUUGAGGAAGACGAUUCAGUUUAUCACGGAGAGUGGGGCGUAUGCGGUGCUGGAUCCGCAUAAUUAUGGGAGAUACUCUGGGGAUAUCAUCACCAAUACAGAUAACUUCAAGGCGUUUUGGAAGACUGUUGCUGGAGAGUUUUCGUCGAACGAGAAGGUUAUCUUCGACACGAACAACGAAUACCACGACAUGGACCAAUCCCUCGUCCUCAACCUCAACCAAGCCGCCAUCAACGGCAUCCGCUCCGCCGGCGCCAAAAACCAAUACAUCUUCAUCGAAGGCAACGCCUACACCGGCGCCUGGAAAUGGACCGACAACAACGACAACCUUGCGUCCCUAACAGAUCCGCAAGACAAACUCGUCUACCAAAUGCACCAGUACCUCGACUCCGACGGUUCUGGUACAUCUGAGACAUGCGUCAGCGAGACAAUCGGUAAAGAACGACUGCAGAGCGCGACGCAGUGGCUGCAGAAGAAUGACAAGAAGGGCUUUGUGGGUGAGUUUGCGGGCGGUGUGAAUGAGCAGUGCGAGAAGGCUGUUGAGGGGAUGUUGGAGUAUAUGCAGGAGAAUAGUGAUGUGUGGAUGGGGGCGGAAUGGUGGGCUGCUGGGCCUUGGUGGGGGGAUUAUAUGUAUAACCUGGAGCCGACGGAUGGGCAGGCGUAUAGUACUUAUCUGCCGAUUUUGAAGAAGUACUUCCCUUCUUCUGAUGCGGCUUCGUCAUCUUCGACCUCGACCCCGACCAAGGCUGUCCGCGUGCCCUUGGUCCAUCCUUCUUCUUCGGGCUCCGUCUCUGGAUCCGCCUCCGCGUCUGCCUCUCCCUCCGGCAAACCAAGCGGCGGCGCCCUGCCCCCUACCAUCCCGGUCUCUGUGCCUACCACCUUCGCCACUGCUGCUUCCGCGACGCCUUCGUCGUCUCUCGCUGCGAGCAGCACUUCGAGCAUUGUCCCCUCGGCUAGCAGCUCUGGAGGCGUUGCGAAGAAGUACGAACAAUGUGGUGGAGUUACCUGGACUGGAUCCAAGGCUUGUGAGAGUGGGAGCUCUUGUGUUAAGCAGAAUGCUUUUUACUCGCAGUGUCAGUGA